AUGCCCUCUGUCGGACGUAUGUCUCUCCCCAUGACCAACAACUGGGCACGUACAGGGUUCGGGACCAAGCGACUCUCGACACCUGCCUCCUUGAAGCUCUCCGGUCAGGGUAUCGACUCAUCGCUCCUAAGGAUCAAGGCUACGAUGCAUGUUACCAAGGUGACUGUUACGGAUUCGCUUCGUAACCUUCAGGUGGACUACAUCGACCUCUACCUGAUCCACUGGCCAGGCACUGCAAAACUAAAGCUCCCAGACCCACAGAACGCGAUCAACAGGAUGGAAAGCUGGCGCGCUCUCGAAGGCCUCUACCACGCCAAGAAACUCCGUGCCAUCGGCGUCAGCAACUACACCCUCGCCCACCUCGCACAGCUUAUCGAACGACCGCACAAAAGUCAUGCCCCUCACCAAAACUCUACCACAACAGCAACAGAAACAGCAGCACCACUUGCACGGACCAUGGUAAUCCCACAUGUCCACCAAUUCGAAAUGCAUCCACGCCUGUUCCAAAAACCCUUGGUCGACUACUGUCAAGCCCACAGGAUCCAAGUCCAGGCAUACUCCAGUCUUGGUGAAUCGCGGCUCGUCUCUUUGACACCUCCACCUCCACCCGCAAUGGACUCCAACUACAAUACUGCACCUUUACCUGGGGCACUUGAUAUCAUGCCUGGGUUGAUCCGCAAGUACUUUGCGCAUGUCACUUCAACAACGGCACAUUUAUCAGAGGAGGAGGAGAAGGAGGAAUACCCGCGACGCGCUGCUCAGAUCUUGCUCCGUUGGGGCCUUCAACAUGGCGCUGUUGUCAUCCCCAAAUCCACGCAUCCUGAAAGGAUUCGGAACAACAUCGACCUCUUUUCCUUCGCGAUUGACAACCAGGUAAAUCCUGUCUUGUCCUGCUAUCUUACUGAUCUUGAUAUUCGCGUGUAUCUACCUGUUCAAGCUCUAACAUACGAUCAUUGA